AUGGUUGGCUUUCUCAAUGGAGAGAGAUUGCUAGUGGAGACUUGCAUGAAAUCUGUGCUGUGCAGCAUGUUUGAAAGUGAGUCUGGAAAAGGAAGUGAACGACAGUUUGCUGAAGAUGUCGAUUUGUUUAAAGCUUUUAAGACAAAGGCUGGUUUUGAAGUUUUACUUCCUAAAGUACAUCAACGUUAUGAUUUGGAUGGGGAUGCCAGUAUGGCUAAAGCAGUAACAGGUAUUGUAUGUUAUGCCUGUAGAGUUGCCAGUUCUUUGCUACUUUACCAGGAGCUGAUGCGAAAAGGAAUACGAUGGCUAAUUGAAAUAAUCAAGGAUGAUUACAAUGAAAUGGUUCAUAAAAAGACAGAGGUUGUCAUCAGGCUGGAUUUCUGCAGCAGAAACAUUGAGAAAGCUGAGAAGAUGUAUGAGAAUUUGAUGCAGAUCAACUUGGAAGCAUCAGAAGUGGAUGAAAUUUCAGAGAUACACAUAAAACUGUUGCGUCUCUCCAGCUCUCAGGGCACAAUAGAAACUAGUCUUCAAGAUAUCAAAACCAAACUUUCUCCUGGUGGUUUACUGGCUGACACCUGGGCAAAUCAGGAAGGCAUGCAUCCAAAAGACAGAAAUCCAGAAAGGCUGCAGGCGCUGCUGUGUUCCAUCACAGAUAUUUAUUAUCAGUUCAAAAAAGACAAAGCAGAACGAAGGCUUCCUUAUAAUGAAGAACAAAUUCACAAGUUUGACAAGCAGAAGCUGUAUUUGCAUGCUACAAAAGCCAUAGCUCUAUUCAAAGAUGAAUGUGUCAGCAAGUAUGAUACAUUUUUGGACAAGGCUGAGGACUGGACAAGGAAAAUGCUUCACAUAAGGAAGCAGUUACUGGCUCUCACCAACCAGUGUUUUGAUAUUGAAGAAGAGGUGUCCAAAUACCAGGAUUAUAUAAAUGAGUUACAAGAUGCUUUGCCGCAGAAAAUGUUUGCAGCUUCCAGUGGGAUGAAACAUACAAUGAAUACAGUCUAUCCAAGCUCAAACACACUAGUGGAAAUGACUCUUGGUAUGAAGAAACUAAAGGAAGAAAUGGAAGGGGUUGUUAAAGAGCUGGCUGAGAACAAUCACAUUUUGGAAAGAUUUGGUGCUUUGACUAUGGAUGGUGGCCUGCGGAACUUGGACUGUAUCUAGCUUUCAAAGGACCUGAAGAGGACUUGUAAAUUUUUUCAAAGGAAAAAAAAUACUCUUGGGACAUUCAAAGGCAGAUAAUAAGUCUGUAUCCAUUUUUUUUCCCCUCUACAAUUGUAGUAUUAAAAAGAAUGUAAAUAUGUAUAAUAUGUAAAUAUAAAAGAAAUAUAUAUCUUUUUUUCGUCAAUGUUAGGAUAGAAUUACUGAAUUACUCUUGGCAGGGAAUUUAGCCCCUUGGAGGAUCUCUGACGAAGUCCUAAAGGCAAAAGUGUUAUUGAUGAAAUUGAC